AUGCAAUAUGUACAAGUACCGUACAGUGAAUGGGCUAAGUCAUUCAGUUAUGAUCCAGUGUAUCGGCGUCAUCAUCAUCUGCUUUCAUCCAAUGCGAGUAGUCUGACAGAUGGUAGUUCUGCAUAUAGUAAUUCGACUAACUAUCAAUCUGACAUCAUACGAUCAGUUACAGGACGAACGACACCUGAAAAAUAUCAGUCUGCUUAUGAAAAGAAACGCAGUAAUAAUCAAGUCAUCGAAGAAAACGGUUUGAACAAGAAGGAGAAAAGAAAUUUAAAUGAUGGAUAUGAUGAUGAUAAUCAUGAUUAUAUUGUACGGCCAGGCGAAGUUUGGCUCGAACGAUAUACUAUUGAUUGUCUUAUUGGCAAAGGCAGUUUUGGCCAGGUUGUCAAAGCCUUCGAUCAUAUUGAUGGUGAAUAUGUAGCGAUAAAAAUAAUCAAAAACAAACGUCCAUUCCUCUCCCAAGCACAAAUUGAAGUUCGUCUUCUUGAAUUAAUGAAUCAGCAAGAUAAUGAUAAUAGUGGUUAUAUUGUGAGACUAAAACGAAAUUUCACAUUUCGUAAUCAUUUAUGUCUUGUAUUUGAAUUAUUAUCCUAUAAUUUAUAUGAUCUAUUACGAAAUACAAAUUUCCGUGGUGUAUCGCUUAACCUCACACGAAAGUUCGCUUUACAACUUUUAUCCGCAUUAUUAUUCCUUUCACAACCAGAAUUGAGUAUACUUCAUUGCGAUCUGAAACCCGAAAACAUUCUUUUGGUCAAUCCGAAACGAUCUGCGAUUAAAAUUGUCGAUUUUGGUAGUUCUUGUCAAAUUGGACAACGACUUUAUCAAUACAUCCAAAGUCGAUUCUAUCGUUCACCAGAAGUAUUACUUGGAAUUCCAUAUGACAUGGCCAUCGAUAUGUGGAGUCUCGGAUGUAUUCUUGUAGAAAUGCACACAGGCGAACCAUUAUUCAGUGGAACUAAUGAAUUUGAUCAAAUGAUGAAAAUUGUCGAAGUACUUGGUAUGCCACCUACGAACAUUCUCGAACAGGGAACAAAAACGAAACGCUUCUUUGAACAUCUCCCUGAUAAUACAUGGGUAUAUUACGCAAAAAAGAAGAAACGCAGUAAUAAUCAAGUCAUCGAAGAAAACGGUUUGAACAAGAAGGAGAAAAGAAAUUUAAAUGAUGGAUAUGAUGAUGAUAAUCAUGAUUAUAUUGUACGGCCAGGCGAAGUUUGGCUCGAACGAUAUACCAUUGAUUGUCUUAUUGGCAAAGGCAGUUUUGGCCAGGUUGUCAAAGCCUUCGAUCAUAUUGAUGGUGAAUAUGUAGCGAUAAAAAUAAUCAAAAACAAACGUCCAUUCCUCUCCCAAGCACAAAUUGAAGUUCGUCUUCUCGAAUUAAUGAAUCAGCAAGAUAAUGAUAAUAGUGGUUAUAUUGUGAGACUAAAACGAAAUUUCACAUUUCGUAAUCAUCUAUGUCUUGUAUUUGAAUUAUUAUCCUAUAAUUUAUAUGAUCUAUUACGAAAUACAAAUUUCCGUGGUGUAUCACUUAACCUCACACGAAAGUUCGCUUUACAACUUUUAUCCGCAUUAUUAUUCCUUUCACAACCAGAAUUGAGUAUACUUCAUUGCGAUCUGAAACCCGAAAACAUUCUUUUGGUCAAUCCGAAACGAUCUGCGAUUAAAAUUGUCGAUUUUGGUAGUUCUUGUCAAAUUGGGCAACGACUCUAUCAAUACAUUCAAAGUCGAUUCUAUCGUUCACCAGAAGUAUUACUUGGAAUUCCAUAUGACAUGGCCAUCGAUAUGUGGAGUCUCGGAUGUAUCCUUGUUGAAAUGCACACAGGCGAACCAUUAUUCAGUGGAACUAAUGAAUUUGAUCAAAUGAUGAAAAUUGUCGAAGUACUUGGUAUGCCACCUACGAACAUUCUCGAACAGGGAACAAAAACGAAACGCUUCUUUGAACAUCUCCCUGAUAAUACAUGGGUACCACNAAACGAUUCAUCUACUAAACAAUUCAAUGGCGAGAACGAUGAUGAUGAUGAUGAUGAUGAAAAUUACGUUGAUGAUGAUUCAGACUUCGAUGAAGAUGAAUUAAAUUAA